AGAACUUUCUUUCAUUUAGGAAAAUUACCGGCAAAUUCUAAAUGUUUCUGUACUCUUUCAGUUCAGUUGGGAUUCUGGAGCUCUGCAACUAGAAGGAACAGAAGAACGAGGAGGUAAUUUAUGAGAGACAUGGAUAAUAGUUUAGCUGAGGAGCUCUAUUCAGAAAGUUUGCAGCUAUCCAAGUUACACUUAGGCCAUUCUUCAACUGCCAAUGGUUUCAGUGAGGCUAACGAUCAGGCAGGAGAUGGAUCUUUAUGGGGUGAUUCUGAUGAGGAAUUGGAUAAAUUAUCUGAUUUAGACCGGGAAUGGCAGAGGAGGCAUGACCAAUUCCACACGAUUGGAUAUCGUGAUGGCCUGAUAGCGGGGAAAGAAGCUUCUGCACAAGAAGGUUUUAAUAUUGGCUUUAAGCAAUCAGUUUUUGCCGGGUGCAACUGGGGCCUUGCUAGAGGUGUUACCAGUGCGCUCGCUUGUCUUCCGGAUACGUUGAGGGAGAAGUUGAUUGAAACACAAGAAACGAGAGAUAAAUUCCAGGGGUUAUGUGAUUCCGUGAAUUCUCUGUCGACUAUAGAUGCACUUAAGUUGUUUCAUGAUGAUAUUAUGUCAAAGAAAGUUGUGGAACAGAGUGAGCCUGUCGAGGCUGGUGUUAGUGCAGGUGGCUUGCAAGAACAAAGCUCAACUUCUGGUAGUUUGGGGAAAUAUACUGCAGAGCUUCAAUCACUUCUUCAUGAAUCACCCAAAAUCAAAAUACAAUUCUUCCAUCAGGAAGUUUCAACUCCUGAUGUUUGUUGAAAACUUAAUGCACAUUCUUGUUUCUGUCCAUGAAGCACAAACAUAGAACUAGUCAUGGCAUCUUAAUUUGUUAAUAAGUGUUUAGCACUUUGUUAUUUAUACAUGAAUAUACUUGUGAGGUUGACAGUGUUUACCACAUGCAGUUACUAAUCAACUUGUACAAAUAUAAGGAAUUUUCUUUCUGAGAUAA